AUGGAUGUUUUGAUGGGCAAAAUUGUGCCAGUGAAGCUAGGUAUCAUAGGCGUUGUGAAUCGCUCGCAGCAAGCAAUCAUAGACAAUAAACCAAUCGGGGAUGCCAUAAAGGACGAGCUCGCGUUUCUUCAUCGCAAGUAUCCGACUCUUGCCAGUAGGAACGGAACUCCUUAUUUAGCAAAAAAGCUCAAUCUUCUUCUUAUGCAUCACAUUCGAAACUGUUUACCGGCAUUAAAAGCGCGAGUAUCAAUCAUGCACGCUCAAUGUCAAGCAGAUCUUCUGGCAUUUGGAGAGCCAGUAGACGACAAAAGCCGAACUCUCCUUCAAAUAAUAACACGAUUCGCUACAGCAUAUACUUCUACAAUUGAAGGAAACGUCUCACGAAAUAUUGAAACAACGGAGCUAUGUGGAGGCGCGCGUAUUUGUUUCAUCUUCCACGAAACCUUUGGGAAGUCUUUAGAAAGUGUCAAUCCACUCGAAAAUCUGACUCAGAUGGACAUAUUGACCGCAAUCAGGAAUGCUACGGGUCCUCGUCCAGCUCUUUUCGUACCAGAGGUGGCGUUUGAGCUGUUAGUCAAACGUCAAAUUCAGCGCUUGGAAGAACCUAGCUUGAGAUGUGUCGAACUCGUACAUGAAGAAAUGCAGCGAAUGGUCAAACACUGUGGGCUUACCACUCAGCAAGAAAUGCAAAGGUUUCCUCGUCUCUACGACAAGAUAAACGAAGUAGUGAGUGGAGUGCUCAAAAGUCGUUUACGUCCAACAAAUGAAAUGAUGGUGAAUUCUGUUCCUAUGCCGAGUGCAGGGGAUGGCGCUGUCAAUGGCGUUUCAAAAACACCGAUGGUGAAUGGAGAAUCUAAAAAAGGUUCGUCGUGGUGGUUCGGAAAGGCUACGCCUGAAGAGUCGUCCGAGGUAGUUCCAAAAGCGGCUCACCUCUUACCAGAAGUGCCCGAGAAGCCUCUCGCGCGUCAACUUACUCGAAACGAGCAGAAGGACUGCCUCAUUAUUGAACGUUUAAUACGGAAGUAUUUCAUGAUCGUCCGCAAGAACGUUCAAGAUAGUGUCCCUAAAGCCAUAAUGCACUUCUUAGUGAAUUACGUUAGA